AUGGGUUCGGAUCUCUCGCUCUCCGAUGAGGAUUUUGGCUUUGCUUUCAACAACGUUAAUUUUUCCGACCGUCUUCUUCGGAUCGAGAUCACUUGUGCCGGUGGUGAGGUUAGCUGUUCCAGUAGUACCCUCGACUUGGUUAGGGAUCGCAAACGCAGACGAGAAGAUGUCAAUGAUGAUCACACCAAUGUUGCUACAAGUCACGUGGAGUAUGAUUUGAACAAGAACUCCAACAAACAUGAAGAAGCAUUGGUAAUAAUGUCUGAACAAAAACCACAAUCAGGUUGUCAAGAUGAGAAUGAGUAUAGUAAUUGUGGACUCAUUACUAACCCUUCUUCCAUUGUAAGAGUUAGAGAGUUACAUAUAAGCUCUGCCAUUUUGGCAGCUAAAAGCCCAUUUUUCUACAAGCUAUUCUCUAAUGGAAUGCUUGAGUCGGAGCAAAAACAGAUGACCUUGAAAAUAGACGCUUCUGAAGAAACUGCUGUGAUGGAGCUCUUGAACUUCAUGUAUAGCAAUUCAAUAUCAGUCACGGCACCAUCUGAUUUGCUCGAUGUGAUAAUAGUUGCCGAUAAGUUUGAGGUUGCUUCGUGUAUGACGCAUUGCAGCAGAUUGUUGCUCAGAACCCCUAUGAGAUUUGAUACUGCACUGCGUCUUCUUGAUCUUCCUCCGAGUUUGCUAAUGGCUGAUUCAGUAAAGCCUUUAAUAACUGCUGCAAGGCAGUACGUCCCCUCUUGCUACAAGGCUAUAUUAAAGUUCGUCUCUUUGCGUUUGGAAGACGACAUGGAGAGUUUUAUGGCUUUACCGUUAGUAGGUAUCGAGGCAAUACUAGCGAGUACUGGUCUACAGGUCUCAUCUGAAGACCUUUUAUACGAACUUGUCUUGAGAUGGGCAAAAUCGCAUUACUCAGUUCUAGAAGAACGACAAGAGAUACUAGGCUCUCAUCUCUCUCGCUACAUCCGCUUCCCUCACAUGACUUGCGGCAAACUCAAGAAAAUAUUGACCUCAGACGACUUUUCACCUUCUGUCGCAUCAAAACUAGUCAUUGAAGCUCUCUUUUUCAAAGCAGAAUCGUUGGACCAGCGAAGUGUUCUAGCCCGUGAACAACCCGCCCCAUUCAACCGCCGGUUUGCUGAACGAGCCUACAUACAUAGACCCGUCAAAAUUGUGGAAUUCGAGUUUCCUCGGCACCAAUGCAUCGUUUACUUGGACUUAAACCGCGAAGAAUUCCGAAGCCUCUUUCCAUUAGGCUGGCUAUCAUCUCAAACGUUUCCCUUACUAGGACAAGGCUUCUCUCUCACAGCUCACUGCAACUUGGACCAACUAAGUGGGGAUUACUUUUUUGGAGUGUUUCUUGGGAUGCAAGACACAGCGUCUGCGAGUCUGACUGUUGACUACGAAUUUUCAGUGAGGUCAAAGCCAACCGAGGAAUUUGAGAAGAAAUUCAAAGGAAGCUAUAAGUUCACCAGAGGUAAAGCUGUUGGAUGCAAAAACUUGUUGAAGAUAUCUUUCACUGAUCUCUUAAUUAAGGAUACUCCCUACUUCAUCAAUGAUGUUCUUCAUCUCCGAGCCGACCUCACCAUCCGCCCUUAGAACCAACCAUAUUAUUUCAAUCUUUUUAAUUACUGUAGCCUCUCUCUAUUGGUUUCAUGGCCUCUAAAAAACUUAAGUACUGUUUUAAGCUGGUGUAUCUGAAGCAAUCAUGAUAUCAACAAUUUCACCUGAUGUAUUUAGUAUCCCUCAUGCAUGUUUUGAUCAUCU